AUGCCCAUCUCCCUGUCCUCGACCGCGCUGCCUUUCCUGACCACCUCUCUGCACCUGGACUGGCUGCGCUCAGUCCUAUUUGGCAUCACUCCUCCCCCGGACCUGACAAUUCGUCCAGCCUCUGGAUCUCUUCUCGCAGUCAGCUAUCUCUCAACAUGCCUUGCCCUCGGCAUACUCUCCGCCAUGACCCUACCUGAGCGCACCAACACGACGGCGUGGAAAUGGUUCCGCUUCAUCUCCUGGCUUAUAGUCGUCAAGCUCAGCGUCGACUUCUCCAUCGACCCUGCAGUGAGCCUCGGAGCCCCUUUGAGGGACAUGGUUAUGCCCCUCCUCGGCUGGAAUGCUUUGGCGAGGAUGACGGAUCUCUGCGUUGUGAGCGUGUGGGAUGGAGAAGAGCGGGACAGAGCGCCGAGAUGGAUCGUUCCUGCUGGGAGCAAGCUGCUGAGGGGUGUUAAGGAGGGAGGCGAAGCUAAUGGACAGGCACAGGUUGCCAGCUCGAAGGACACCUUGAUGCAGUGGAAGGUGGUCCCUCACUCACAGUACCCCCUCCUCUCGCUUCGGCGCCUCCUCUGGGCACUCGACCACAUCUCCCUCCUUCGACCGGGCACAUCCUGGUUCCUACCCGCUGAGCAGCGCGCUCUCGAGUGGUCAUUGCCCAUUCUCACUCAACCUGCCAAACCGCAUCACCACCGCUUCUUCGCAAGGAGCGAGGGGCUACCCUAUCUGAUCACCAGCGUGGUGCUGAGCGCAGCAGGAGCGCCGAUGUUCAUGCGCAUGAUGAGCUCGAUCCCGCAGUCCAGCACGGGCACAGGAGCGGACAACUUCUAUGCGCUCAAAUGGUGGGAGCAGGGCUUCAUUCCUCUUUGGAUAGGCCUGAACGUACCGCUACAGUGGACGGUGAUGGAGACGCUCUUCCUGUUUCCCCUCACAAGACGUUUCCACAUACUUCCUUCUACGGCCUUACUGCCCGCAUUCGCCCACCCUCUCCUGGCUAGCGGGCCGACCGACCUUUGGGGUCGACGAUGGCAUCCCUUUGUGCGUCGAACGGCGUGGCGCAAUGCGAGCUUGUUCGUACCGCGCAGCUGGGGAGCGUGGGGUAGUAGACUGGGAAGCUUCGUGAUCACGGGUAGCCUGCACGGAUGGGCGGUCAUUCGCUGGAUACGUCCGCUGCCUCCUUCUACGCUGCACGCCCUCGUCGUGCUCCUAUUACCUGGGCCGAUGGCAUUGUUCGUCGGACAGGGUGUCGCGUGCGUCCUGGAGCUGCUGCUGCUCGGCCCUCCCCCGGCUGGGCGUGGUGAGGAGAAGGGAUGGAGAGCGUGGGCUCGGUGGGUCUGGCUGUGGGUCAGCGUGGCGUGGAUGGGGCGCUGGUUCAUUGCUACGAUCGUGAGCUUGGGGAUGGCGACGACAGAGUCACACGAAGGGGCUUGGAAGUGGGUAUGA